GCUCUUCAGCUUCAUCCAGGGAUCACUAACCCCUACAGCAAGCAUAUUAAUUUUGAAACAGUGCUGGGAACGAGCUCAGGAGAUCUCAGAUGCAGGCCGACCAGGGUGCAUCCAGGCACUUUUCCUUCCCGCCCAUACACGAGGCGAUGCAGCGCCGAUGGACCAAAACCCCAGUGAUUGUCGCGCACGUGGCAAAGACAAUGCUGAUGCGUGUAACUUAAUUGAUCCAGAAACCAAAAAAAAACCCGCUAAAGGAUUAACAGGGAUUCACUUAGUCCUACUUCGGGCGUGGGCGUGGGCGUGUCCAGGAUGUCAGAUUAACGGAGAAAAAAACACGAUCCCUACUUUCCAUGUGUCUGAUAAAAUACGGACGAGGACUCUAACCCCAAGGGAGAAAGGCGAUCACUGGGUUUCAGCUCGUCCGGGAAAGGAUCGACCGGAUACUAAUCGAAAGAUUGGCCCAGCCCGCGAUCCUAUUCGACACAGCACAUAUUUACUACCGCCAACUUACCUAAAUUUAGGAGACCGCGCGAUGGCGUCAGGUAAACCAGUGCUAUCUUAUCGGCGGGUUUUUUUUUCUUGGUUUUUCGUGGAUGGAAUCUUGCAGCAAGACGCAUAUAUAAUUAGAAGCAAAGGUUGGGAUAAUGUCCAAGGUACUGCCGUCGAACCGAAACCUCGGUAUAUGCACAAUGCCACAAACAUCGUCGACUCCGUACCUACAUACUGUAGGCAUAUGCACCAGUCCUGUAGGUACCAGAUAUACGCAGAUACACAGAACAUUGAUACAGAUACAGAAUGACACAUCCAUACAUCCAUCACAGCAUUCCGACGGGAUCAUGUCCAACCCCC